AUGAUCAAACCGGAUGCUGUGCAACGUGGACUUGUCGGUGAAAUCAUCAAACGUUUCGAAAUGAAAGGCUUUAAAUUGAUUGCAAUGAAAUUCUUCAGGCCAACACAAGAAUUGCUGCAGCAACACUAUGCCGAACGUUCAUUCUUCCCCGCAUUGAUGGAGUACAUGGGCUCUGGUCCAGUCGUUUCAAUGGUUUGGGAAGGUUUGAAUAUCGUCAGAAGUGGGCGUCAAAUGAUGGGCGCUACCAACCCAGCUAACGCAUUACCAGGCACUAUUCGAGGCGAUUUCAGCAUCCAAACUGGUCGGAACAUUAUUCACGGUUCAGAUGCCGUCGAAACUGCCAACAAGGAAAUCGCAUUAUGGUUUGCCGAAACGUAA